AUGCACCAUGCUAGAUCUAUGACACAUUCUGCAGCUUCAUAUCAAGGUACAUCCAGCAGGACCAUUUUCAGUGCUCUGACACAUGCUAAACUUCGCAGGGAUGAGGUUCAGGGAGGUCAGAGUGCCACACUCUACUACACAAAUUACAGUGGAGAUGAGGAGAUUGGGUGUCUAGCGUUCGCCACGAUGGAGAAGAGGAGGUUCUCGGUCGUCAGAAACACGCAACAGUGGUCCAUAGAGGAAGCAGCAGCAGGCAGCAACAGGCUACCUGUGGUGCAUCGGCUGAGCUCGUGCUCACCUCUCGGCGCCGCCCGGAGCCAUGGCAAGCCAUCGGCAGACGCCGACGUCGACGGCGACGACGUCUUCCGCCGCGACGCCAUGCGACUCCACUCGCUGUUUCGGGAGGAACCCACCACCAACAAGUAUUCCCCCGCGCCGCCAUCUUCGCCGUCAUCGUCCGACGCACUGACGAUCCCCACCACCGGUAGUCCCCUCGGGAGCCUACCGGGCACCUUCGAGUACCACGUCGCCGUAGGAUUCGGCACGCCGGUGCAGGUGCUCACCGUGGGAUUCGACACGGCCACCCAGGGCGCGACGCUGCUCCAGUGCAAGCCGUGCGCAGCCGCCGGCGACGGGGCGGUGGCGGCUCCGUGCAACGACGUGGCCUUCGACCCGUCGGCUUCGUCCACCGUCUCCCAGGUCCCCUGCGGCUCGCCGGAUUGCCCGCUCAGUUCUUGCUCCGGUGAAGGCUGCACGGUCGCCGUGACCAAGGACGGCGCCGUGCUCGCCAACGCCACCUUCGUCAUGGACACGUUCGCGUUCUCGCCGUCGGCCUUCGCGCUCGACUUCAGGUUCGCUUGCUUGGAGAUGGGCCUGACGAUGGUCGACCACUCCUCCGGAAUCCUCGACCUCAGCCGGGACAGACACUCGCUGGCGUCCCGAGCACCGACGUCGCCGGACACCGUCGCCUUCACGUACUGCCUGCCGCCGUCCAACAACGCGAUGGGAUUCCUCUCCAUCACCGCCGCCAGGCCGGAGCUCUCCGGUCGCGACGUGCGCUACGCCACCCUGGGAAGCAGCGCAGCCCACCCGACACGGUACGUCGUCAAGCUCCCCGGGAUCGGCCUCGCCGGGCCGGACAUCACCAUCCCUCCCGCCGCGCUCGCCGGCUGCGACUCGCUGCUCGACCUGCACACGACGUUCACCUACCUGAGGCGGGACAUCUACGCCGCCCUCCGCGACGGCUUCCGGGGCCGGAUGAGAGGGUACCGCGCGGCGCCGCCGGUCGGCGAGCUCGACACGUGCUACGACCUCACCGGCCACGAGUCCUACGUCGUGCCGAGCGUCACCCUCAGGCUGGACGGCGGCGUGAACCUCGACCUCGACCUCGACCUCGACCAGAUGAUGUACUUCCCGGACCAGUGGAGCUUCUUCUCCGUGGGCUGCCUGGCGUUCGCGGCGGCGCCGCGCGGCGCGGCGGUGGUGGCGGUGAUCGGGACCCUGGUAAAGAAGUCGACGGAGGUGGUGUACGACGUCAGUGGAGGCAAGGUUGGGUUCAUCCCUUCCAGCUGCUGA